ACCAGUCCAGCUGCCCAGCUGUAAACACCACAGACAGCAACCAUAAAACACCAUCCUCAUCCUGGACCUCCUCUUCACAGCUGAACUCUCUCCUGCUCUGUGAAAUCUUCUACUUUGGGCUGUGAGGAGUGUCUGUGGCGUCUCAUUUGAUGUGAGAUCUGCAGUACUAGAGCAGCUUGAAGAGUUUAUCUGAGUUUAAUGAGACGCCGUGGCUCUGCGGAGCACCGGAAGGAGACAGGAGAGGAGGGGGAGGAGGCGCAGAGGGGCCACAGAGGGGCUCAGAUGCUGCUCAGGGGGGCAGAGAAGGAGAAAACGAAAGAGAGAGAGAGAGAACGAGAGAUGGCCACGGGAGCAAUCACAACUCUCCCAGCCAACCCUGACGACGGGGCCAGCGGAGGAUUUCCUUCAGGGAAUUUCAAGGAACCAAAACGUUUGUACUGCAAAAACGGUGGCUACUUCCUGCGGAUAAACUCGGAUGGCAGGGUGGACGGCAUUCGUGAGAAAAGCGACCCACACAUUCGACUGCAGCUGCAGGCGACAGCUGUUGGUGAGGUGGUGAUCAAAGGUGUCCGCGCAAACCGUUACCUUGCCAUGAACGCAGACGGACGACUGUUUGGAACGAGAAGAGCAACAGAUGAAUGUUAUUUCUUCGAACACUUGGAGUCGAACAAUUACAACACCUACAGAUCCCGGAAAUACCCGGACUGGUACGUGGCUUUGAAGAGAACAGGCCAGUAUAAGAGCGGUUCUAAGACCGGCCCGGGCCAGAAGGCCAUUCUUUUCCUACCCAUGUCUGCCAAAUGCUGAUU